UUCAUUUUUUCUUCGUCUUCUUCUUCUUCUUCUUCUUCUCCUCCUCAAUCGCUAUCUUUCAAUUCCAUAUUUCGAUUGCAUUUUUUCACUUUUCAGCUUCGUUUUCCACUCUCUACUUCUUCCCCUUUUUCGUCUAUUCGCGGUCUCCAUCAUCAUUCUGAUUGUCUUUAUUAUUUUUGCCGUUCCUUUCUGGGUUCUUUCCCUUUGUUUGAAGCCUUGACUUUUAUUGAGAUCAGAAUUUUUAUUAGUACAGUUAUGGCUACAGAGGAAGUUCUUGAUCUGUCAGCUUUGAAAACCCAGCUCAGUGAAACAAAUGAAACUUGGAAGCAAGAAAUGGAAAAGCGCCAAUCAGAAGUAGAUGUGUUGCAAGCAAAGCUUAGGGAGGUAAAGGCAUCUAUAGAAGGGUCUGAGGAAGACUCAAGAAAGGAGCUAGAGGUUCUCUGGCGAAGAGUUAACACAACUUCUACAUUGUUAACAUACUUGAAAUCAAAAGCAAGAAUGUUGGCAGUUCCCCAUUUGGCUCAUUCUUCAUGUGGUAUUAAACAUUUAGAAGGGGUAGGGUUAGUUGACAAAAGUGGAACACCACUAUCUGGUUGGUCUAAGAGUAUUGAUCUUUCUUCAUUUGAUGGUACUGAAGAGGAAUCCUUAAUUGGUAUUGGCAAGCCAUGUGGUUUAUUAGAUGAACAAGAUGCAGUUUAUAUUGGUCAAAUACUCAAGUCUGUUCAGAUGGUUUCAGAUGUGAUGGAAGCACUUGUCAAGAGGGUUAUUUUGGCAGAAUCAGAAACUGCUGAAGAGAAGGAAAAGGUUCAUUUGGGUCGGGAGGAAAUUAAGAAGAAAUCAAUACAGAUUGAGAACAUGUCCUCAAAACUGGAGGAAAUGGAACAAUUUGCCGUGGGUACAAAUGGCAUUCUAAAUGAAAUGCGGCAGAGAGUGGAGGAUCUGGUUGAAGAAACGUGUAGACAGAGGCAAAGAGCUGCUGAAAAUGAGCAGGAACUAUGUCGAGUUAAGCGGGACUUUGAGUCUUUGAAAUCAUAUGUCAGUAGUCUCAUCACUGUUAGAGAAACACUUUUGUCAUCAGAAAAACAGUUUCAGACAAUCGAGAGGCUGUUUGAACGGCUAGUUGCUAAGACCACUCAGUUGGAGGGUGAGAAAAUGCAGAAAGAAGUAGAAGUCCAGAAACUUAUGGAAGAAAAUGUGAGGUUGAGUGCCCUUCUUGACAAGAAAGAGGCUCAACUUUUGGCCAUGAAUGAACAAUGCAAGGUAAUGGCAUUGAGUGCUUCACAUAUUUAAUCCAAAUAAUUGUUCAGCCUGGAUAGCAAGGCUUUCAUCUUGGUUCACAAUCCCUAGCCAAGCAAGGCGGCGGCAGUGACCAUGAUUGGUGCGCCGCGGUGGAGGGGGGGAGCAUCAGGUAUUCUGGCAUGGAUAAUGUAUUUGUGAAAACCCUUGUUGUGUAGUUCCAUAGUCUCAGUUCUAUCUGCUACUGCGGAGAGAACUCGCAAGGUUUUUCUUGAUUGGAGUUUAAACUUGGUUUGUGAAUGCUUCCCUGCUUCCGAGCCGUGUAUGUAUGCUUCAAAAGUUGGUAUGUGUCUGCUCUUUGGUGCCUACAUAAAUUUCCCUUUCGUCAGUUGGAUACAAUGCUGCAAAAUCCUUAUAAGCUAUUUCCGGGCUGCAUUCUCAUGAUUCCAGUGGUUGAUCCCUUCUUCCAAAAUGUUAUUUUGGGCUUGUUGGGUAUAAAUGUGCCUUCUGUUUUAUGUUUUUAGAUUUACUAAUUCAACAAAAAUGUGUUUAUGUGUGUGGCAGCCAA